AUGUCAUCAAUAUAUGUGCCACCAGAAGGAUACAAAUGUUGUAAUUCUGAAUAUGCCGUUGAUGGAGAAACUUCAGUACGGGUUGGAGCCGAGUUUUUGUGUGCACAUACAUAUAGCAACGAUAAUCAGAAGCAAUGGUGGGCUGUCGACCUACAGAAUGUUUAUGAUAUCAAUGUUAUACAUAUUAAUGGACGCACAGAUUGUUGUCGCUUGUCAAGGACCAAUACUGCCUAUGCGUGUGGACAUAUCGGGUACGGAUAUGUAGGACCUGUCAUAGGAACAUCUGUAGCGGACAAUACCAUUCAGUGUGUAAGAAAAUGCUUAUCAAAUAUAGACUGUUCUUCUGCAGAGUAUGACAAGAAUACAAAAGUCUGCUUACUGCAAGCCUUUGGUGAUAUGAACAUUGCAUUAAACAAACCUACACAGAUGUCUUCUAUUUAUGAUCCUAAAGUUGGAGAGGCGGACCAUAUGGCAAACCUUGAUGUCGAAGUUAUCAUGCCAUCAUGUGCAUGUAAUAUAUGGAACAAUUUAUAUGAGGGAGAAGUAUUUCUUUGUCCAUAUCAGAACCAAUCAAGCCAUAGAAACACUGUUACCUGUCCUCCUAACACAAGAGGGAGGUUUGUUAGGAUUAAACGUAAGGAUACAGCAGUUCAUAUAUUAUGUGAAGUGGAAGUCUACGGCAAUCCAGUAAACAGUGUCAUUGAAUCAGGUUUGUCCAGAGCUAAUACUGCAUAUGCAUGUGGACAUAUAGGUUACGGAUAUUUAGGUCCUGUCAUAGGAAGAUCUUUAGCGGACAGUCACAUUCACUGUAUAAUCAUGUGCUUCACUCAUAUAGUAUGUUCCGCUGCAGAGUAUGACAAGAAAACAAAUGUAUGUACACUGAAAGUCUUUGCUGAUGGUAAUGUGGCAUCAAAGAAACCUACACAGAUUUCUUCCAUUUAUGAUCCUAGAGUUCAUGAGGGUAAAGAUUAUCUGUGUUGUAACUCUUCAUAUGCCGUUGAUGGAGACAGAACGUCAUACAAAGGUGAUGAUUUUUUGUGUGCAAAUUCAUACAAAAACAAUAGUCAGCAGCAAUGGUUGGCAGUCGACCUACAUAAUGUUUAUGAUAUCAAUGUUAUAGAUAUUUAUGGACGCACAGAUGAUGGUAACAAGUACCAACUGACAAAUUUUGAUGUCGAAGUUAUCAUGACAGGAUGUACAUGCAAUAGUUGGAACAAUAUAGAUGAAGGAGAUGUAUUUCACUGUCACUUUCAGGCCACAGAAAGCCAGAGAAUCGUUAUCACGUGUCCUAAUAACACAAGAGGGAGGUUUGUCAGGAUUAAACGAAGAGAUACGAAAAUUCUAACAAUUUGUGAGUUAGAGGUCUACGGCGAUCCGGUAAACCACCUUAUUGAAUCAGAUGUAAACAUUGCCUUAAACAAACCAACAACAAUGUCAUCAAUAUUUGUGGAAACAGGAUAUAAUUGUUGUCACUCUGAAUUUGCCGUUGAUGGGAAAAAAGAGUUACGGAAAGGUGACGUUUUUAUAUGUGCACACACAGAUAGAAACGAUGAUCAUCGGCCAUGGUGGGCAGUCGAUCUACUGAAUGUUUAUAAUAUCAAUGUGAUAGAUAUUUAUGGACGCACAUAUGAUUGCUGCCCUAACGAUUUAGAAAACUUUGAUGUGGAAAUUAUUAUGCCAACAUGUAGUAAAAAUUUAGACGAGGGAUAUAUAAAUCACUGCCACUAUCAAGCAACUGGAAGUCAAAGAAUCACGAUUAAUUGCCCUCCCAACACCAGAGGGAAAAUUGUCCGGAUUAAACGCCGUGAUAAGAAAGCAUUGGUUAUUUGUGAAAUAGAAAUAUUUGGAGGUCAGAUCAACAGACUGCCACAGUCAGGUGUGUCACUCUUUAAGACUGCAUAUGCAUGUGGAAGAAUCGGGUACGGAUAUAUUGGUCCUGUCCUAGACACGUCUGUAGCAAAAAAUGACAUUCAGUGUACAAGAAAAUGCAUCACCAAGACAGCCUGUACUGCCGCAGAGUAUGACAAGAAAACAAACGUUUGUACACUGAAAGGAGAAUAUACGAAUGGAACUCAGUCUUUUCUGUUACAAGACAUCGACAAGGAUGUUUAUAUAAUUCAUUAG